CGUUAAGGUCACUCGGCCCGGAUUCGGUCAUGACGACAUGUCGCCGCCGACCGGUGCAGGCUCUGCACCUAUUUGACCCAACCUCACCUCUGCACUUGCCAAGCAGGAACUGCAUUAUCCAGAAUAUAGGAUAAAAUAUACUCAUGUCAGCUCCAGCCGAGAAUCGUCGCCCGCAGCUGCGCCGGGGCAGCACAAGGCACACGAAUGAGUUUGAUGACACGUUUGCCGGACGGUCACGAUCGUUCUUCCGCCGUGAAUCCCAUGUGGGAGUGGUUAGUCACAAUGAUCUGCGUGACAGGGAGGACAUUGAGAUCCAUACAUGGAACGGGAAAGACGAUCCCGACAAUCCGUUCAACUGGAGCACCACUUACAAAUGGGUUCUCACUUUGACUGUUUGCUUCAUUUCCGUCCUCACCGGUAUUCCAGCCGGCUCCUACGGUGCCGGCAACGACUGGAUGGCAUCUCAAUUCCACGUGCAAAACACCCCUUUUCCUAACCUUUACUGGGCUACGACCUCGUGGAACAUGGGGGCAGCCUUCUGGCCCCUCAUCUUCGUUCCUCUGACUGAAGCCUCCGGUCGCAUGCCGGGGUACUUUGUGGCAUACAUCAUCCUGAUCAUCUCCCUCUUUCCCUCGGCCUUUGCCCAAAACUACGCCACACUCGUAGUGACCCGCUUUUUUGGCGGCGGGGGCUCCUCCGUGUCCAUCAACAUUGUUGGCGGCAGCAUCAGCGAUGUCUGGUACGGCGACAAAGCACGUAGUCUUCCCAUGUCCAUCUUCGGGUUGACCAGUGUGAUCGGAAUCGCCCUCGGGCCAUUUGUCGGGUCUGCCAUCGUCUCCAUCCACAAAGACGAGCCAUGGCGUUGGAUCUUCUACGUCCAAAUCAUCUACCUCACGGGUCUCCUCCCGAUCUUCUGGUUUAUUCUUUAUGAGACGCGCGCGGACGUGAUCCUCGCCCGACGUGCCAAGAAACUCCGCAAAGAAACUGGCCGACCCAUCUACGCCGAAGCCGAGCUCGACAACACCAGUGUCUGGCGCUUGCUGCAAAUUUCCUUUGAACGACCUACCCGCAUGCUCCUCACUGAACCCGUCGUCGCGUUCUUCACACUCUGGAUCUCCUUUGCCUGGGGAAUUCUCUACCUGUUCUUCAGCAGUGUUGUCCAAACCUUUAGCACCAACUACGGCAUGAAUGUCCUGCAGACAGGGUGCAUUCAGCUCGCCAUCUCCGUGGGCGCUGUUAUUGGCACCAUCAUCAAUCCCCUCCAGGAUAUUAUCUACCUGCGGUCCGCUAAGAACAACAAAGAAAAGCCGGGGAAACCGGUACCAGAAGCCCGACUGUAUACCAGUAUCGGGGGGAGUUUGCUCUUCGCGGGGGGGCUAUUCUGGUACGGUUGGGCUAGCUUUCCCUCUGUGCAUUGGAUUGUGCCGACAUGCGGGAUUGCAGCUUGCGGCAUUGGAAUUUACAGUAUCUACAUGGCGGUGGUGAAUUACCUGACAGAUGCGUAUGAGAAGUACGCCGCGUCGGCGUUGUCGGCCGCAUCGCUAGGACGGAAUAGCUUUGGGGCGUUUCUGCCUCUGGCGAGUUAUCAGCUGUUCGAGAACCUGGGCUAUGGCUGGGCGGGAUCGCUGCUGGGGUUCAUUGGACUGGCAUUGUCGAUUGUACCGGUGGUGUUGGUAUGGAAGGGGCCGGAGAUUCGUCGCCGGAGUCCAUUCAUGCGGGAGGCUACGUUCGGAACAGACGAGGAGGAGGACGUGGUGAUGGAGAAAGAGGGGGAUGGCGAGACAACAGGGACAGUGUAUCGGGAUACACACACGGGAUAUCCUCAACACGACACGCAGCGACUGAAUGUCAAUGGACAGGAGGAACGUCCGGGGGAUGCAGUAUAAGCUUGCUUGAUUUCAUGUAUUAUUCAAAGACAUGUACGAUAGAAAAGUCUUCCCCCCCCACAUCUCCCUCAUACUCAAUUACUUAGCAUAAUUC